AUGGCAAAAGCAAGCGAAUUGAUUUUCGGUUCGAUUAUAUCCACAUUCCCCGCCCGAUUCAACACAUUUGCUGCAUUGGUCACUCUCAUUCCACUGCAAUUCAAAACCCCCAUCUAUUACUGUACCAAGAUUCGUAAAAUUGUCCUCCAGAGCUCUAGCACUCCCUUCAAAAACCGGAACAAUGACAGUAUCAUUGCAGCUCAUCCCCCAGCGUGGAUCGAUCGUUAUAUUUGUUGUCACAUAGAACAGGUUGGAGUUAGUACUGUUUACGCCACAGUCAUACUUACUAGAAUUGCCUAA